AUGGGCUUACAAGAGGUUAGGUCUGGAGAUGACCGGCAGCUACAAGAGAUCGCAGAUGUCCUGGCUGGGUCACACAAGAUCCUGCUCAUCACGGGUGCUGGCAUCAGCACAAGCUGUGGCAUCCCGGACUUUCGCUCAAAGGAUGGACUGUACAACAUGAUCCCAGACCAGAAUGUAUUGCCCUCUCCUCCGCCAUCAGAGCCGUCGACACCAUCUCUGAAACGCGUCAUGUCUUUCAGCGACGAGAGCUUGGCAUCAUCACAGUCUUCAACCAGCUCAGCGAACAGUCGUCGAUCGUCAGCAAGCCCAUCUUCCAAACUCAGAGGCCAAGACUUGUUUGACUCACGUGUGUUCCAAAAUGCCGCGUCGACAACAAUGUUCUACCAGUUUAUUGCGUCACUGCGACAGACUAUAAGAGAUGAAGUGCGCUCGACCAGCUCCGUCCACAAGUUUGUCAGGGUUCUUCGCGAUGGCGGCCGUUUGAUGAGAUGCUACACACAGAACAUUGAUGGACUCGAGUGCAGGGAAGGGUUGGUUACCGAUCUUGCGCGUGGGAAAGGGAAUAAGCGUCGCUUCAUGAAAAAACAUUUCGAGGCGCCUCGACCCGCCCACACCCCAGGCACCGACUUCGAUGGCGGGUGUGAGGUGGUGCAGUUGCAUGGAGACUUGGCAAAUCUGCGCUGCACAAUGUGUGCGACACAAUUCGAGUGGACAGAUGAAGAGACCGACAUCUACCUUCAAGGAGCCGCACCAGGCUGUCCGAAGUGCAAAGCCAAAAGUGAGCAGAGAAGGGCGAGCGGGAAGCGUGGAUUGGCGACGGGAGCUCUUCGUCCCAACAUUGUUCUGUAUGGUGAAGAUCAUCCUUCCAAUACGCUGCUUACCCCUCUCAUCCCUUUCGAUGCCGGCUGUCAACCAGAAGUCAUGGUCAUCAUGGGGACGUCUCUGAAAGUCUUUGGUCUGCAGAAAAUUGUGCGGGAAUUUGCCAAAGCUGUUCAUGCGCGCAAGAAUGGCAAAGGCAAGGUCAUAUUCGUCAACCGAACACGACCGGCCGAGAGCGUGUGGGAUGGUAUUAUUGACAGUUUUGUUGCCAUGGAUUGCGAUGAUUGGGUGGAUGACCUCAAAACCAGGCGGUCGGACUUGUGGCUCCGGCAAGGCGACAUCGGUUUGACGGUCACCAAGUCCACGCAGCCGUCCAAGCGAAAACGGAAGUCCGCUGACGGGGACGAGACCAUCGGCGAGAAACCGGUUAAGAGAGCAAAGGUGGUCGUCGAAGUUCCCAAAGUGGCAGUGACGAAUACGAGUCCUCCAGCCAUACCGAGCACUCCGUCGAAAAAGCAGACGAAUAGCGACAGGAGGUAUAAGGUACCUCUUGACUAUCCAGGUCGAGCGAUAUUAUCGCCCUUGGCGCAAGCCAGACGACCGACCGUAUCACCGUUGUCCAGUCCAGUUCGAAUGGAUGAUGAACAGGGUGCUCCCGAACCAAGGAGGCGGAGUACACCGAGGAGACCUACUGUUUCACCUUUCACGCCAGGAGUCUUGUCUGGUAGCAAGCUCAAGCUUGAAACGACGAAUAUCGAUGAAGCGGAGGCUGAGCCUGGUUUUGCGGCUACGAAAAAAUCGGCGUUGCAAGGUCACGAAGCGGACCAUUCAGUUAGAGGAGACGAUAACACAUGCGGUGGUAACGGUGGCAACCAGGAUGAGCCAGCGGAGUCGGGGUUUGUGACCAAAAUCCUGCGACAUGUACGAGGCAGACAAUGGCUUGCAAAUCGGUGGGCUCAUUCAGCUCUUGAACCAGCAGAUGAGCAGCACAUCUUUGAGGUCGAGACACCAUCGAGAGGCCCACGCGGCAGGAAGAUUAAUGUCUUACCAGAGUGA